AGCACAGAGAAUGACCGCGACCUUGCGACCAUAUCUGAACGCCGUGCGCGCGACGCUACAGGCGGCACUGUGUUUGGAGAACUUCUCCUCCCAGGUGGUGGAACGCCACAACAAACCAGAAGUGGAAGUUCGGAGCAGUAAAGAGCUGUUGCUACAACCAGUGGUAAUUAGCCGCAAUGAAAAAGAGAAAGUUCUCAUUGAGGGUUCCAUAAAUUCUGUGCGAGUCAGCAUCGCAGUGAAACAGGCAGAUGAGAUUGAAAAGAUCUUGUGCCACAAGUUCAUGCGGUUCAUGAUGAUGAGAGCUGAGAACUUCUUUAUUCUUAGGAGGAAGCCUGUAGAGGGCUAUGACAUCAGCUUUCUCAUCACUAACUUCCACACGGAGCAGAUGUACAAGCAUAAACUGGUGGACUUUGUUAUCCAUUUCAUGGAAGAAAUAGACAAGGAGAUCAGUGAGAUGAAGCUGUCAGUGAAUGCCCGUGCCCGUAUUGUUGCUGAGGAGUUUCUCAAAAACUUCUGAGGAUGUCUCGACGUUCCCUACGCUGGUCAUGUAAUCUGGUUAAAUCUGUGUUGCCUAUGGAGAGAAGCAUGGCAGGCUUGCAAACUGAAGAAGAAGAAAAAGGAGUAUACAGCUGACAGGCAAUCAGCAAGAAAACUUUGCAGGAAAAAAAAAAAAAGACGUAUCUUGUAAGAUAUAUGCAGUGUCCCCUUUACCCUUUAUUCAAGGUGCUCCAUGUGCCCAACAAUAUUAACAAUUGUACAUUUUUCAAGAAUUUAGUACCGUCAUUUUCUGUUGUUCAGAGAGAAAAAAAAAAUCAAAAGGUGAAGGCAGGUCCUUAUGAGUAUUAAUUGAUAUUUGUGGGCACAUGAACACUGUAAAUGCAUUGCAGUGGAUACGAUGGCUUGUUAUUUUUAUACAUGUAUUCUUAUGUUGUCAUUUUUGUUAAGAUGCAAACAUAAAAAAAAAAUAUGGAUGUUUAUAUUUUGACAGCCAAACAGAAUAAUUGAACUGUUCAGAGAAAUAUCUGCGUAAAUUCUGAUGAAAAAGACAAAUCCAAUAAAAUCUGUCGUGCUU